AUUAGUUAUUAUAAAGUGAUUAUUAGUGCUUCACACUCCAGUCCAGUUGGUGGCGGUAAAUGCACCACAAGCUGGUUUGCCAUCCGCCAUAAAACAUCAUUAGAAGAAGAAGAAUCUUAUCAUCAGUGAAGCUCCUCCCACAGUAAUUCAGCUAUAAAUUCUAUAAUAUUCCCAUCAGUUCACAAGUGAAUAAGCAUCAAAUCAUCAGGAAGAGCUGAAAUCUGCAACGACUGGACAGAGAGAAGAUGAGAGACCCAGAACCCUACAGAAUCAAACACACUGAAGAUACUGAACAACAAACAGAGUUGAUUGAAGAAAACAAGGAGGAUGAAGAAUUGAGUGAAGUUGAGGAGAAAAAUCAUGUCAAAACUGGAGAAAAACCUUUUAGUUGCUCUCAAACCAAACAGAAAGAUUUAAAGAAAAGAAGAGCCAAGAAAUCAUUCACCUGCACUCAGUGUGGAAAGAGUUUGACAGACAAAUAUAGUUUUAAUGUUCACAUGAGAAUUCACACUGGAGAAAAACCAUUCAUUUGUGAUCGGUGCGGGAAGAGUUUCACACAAUCAUCAGGCCUUAAGAAACACAUAAACAUCCACACGAGAGAGAAACUGCACACAUGUGAUCAAUGUGGCAAAACAUUUUUGAGGGCUUCAUACCUUAAGAAACACCUGACGGUUCAUACAACAGAGAAGCCACAUUCAUGUCAUUUGUGUGGAAAGAGUUUUUCACUUCUACAGCAUUUGAAAGUACAUCAGAAAAUACAUACUGGUUUGAGAGAGUACAUGUGCUUUGAGUGUGAAAAAACUUUCAUUUCAGCUGAACAUUUGAAAGUGCAUGAGAGGAUCCACACUGGAGAAAAACCUUAUAAGUGUUCACACUGCGAGAAGAGAUUCAGUGAUUCAGCAAAUCUGAAAAGACACGAGAGGAUUCACACCGGAGAGAAACCGUAUCACUGCACUGAAUGUGGGAACCGUUUCAAUAAUUCAUCUGCUCUACACAGACAUACAAAAAAAUAUCACCGUUAGUAGAUCAUCUUCAGAUCCAGCACUUUCAGGUCUGAUGUGGCGUCCUCAACAAAUGUGACACAAUAAAAUAUCAUCUGGAUAAAUCUGUCAUUACAAGCGACAUGACAAAGAAACGUUAUCUAAAGUUCACAGUGAAUAAAGUUAAUCUUCAUUUUCAAAACCAGCAGAUUCAACUCUGAGAUCCAGAUCAACUCAAAGAUGGAGAACAAUGAACUUCCCCAAACAACAGUCAAAAAGUUUUAUUCUUGUAUUUCUUUUUGUUGCAUGAUAUAAAUUAUAUCAUUGUGCUUUCUUAUAAGUUUCAUAAAAUGUUCAAAUGUCUAUAAUUCAUAAGUAUCACUUGUAGUUUGCUUACUCUUUUCCCUUACAAUUGGUACAUAAAUGUUAUCAAGCUAAUUGCAGCUGUUUGUAUAUGCGAUUAUUAUCAAGACACUUGUUUAUGAUGCAUUUUUGUUAUUUGCAAGCCAGAUCUCUCUUGUACAUUAGUGCUGUGCAAUUAAUCUAAUUUUAUUUUCGAUUUUGAGUUUGGUUUUGUAGGCUAUUAUUUACCUGAAUAUUACUGUUAGACCAUAGGUUUUUCUUUAGUAUCAGAAUUAAAUAUAAACUGUAUGUAUAUAAAUCUUAAUCACUAAAAAUACCUUCAUACUGGUGCAAUUACAAAUAGAUGUUUUAUAUAUAUUUUUAUUAUAAUAGUAAUUUGUUCAAACAUGCUGUUUAUUUGCUAUAGGUUUUUAAGUUUUAGAACACAAAGCCAUUUCCAAUUUAAAAAAAUAAAUAAAUAAAAACCUGGAAUAAACUACCGUUAAAGAACCGGACUAAUGCGCAGAUUCUGAGUAUUGUAAGAAUAGUAAUACCUUUAAAACCUCAUUGAUACACAUCCCUACCUGUAAGUCAGUAGUAGAAAGAUCCAUCUCAUUAGUUUUCACUUUUACCUUCAGUAAUUAUUGAUCACUUUUGCUUUGAGUAAUUAUCGAUUAAAUGUUAACUUUUUAUUAAUACAUUGUUAUUUUUACUUUUAAUAGUUUAUCAACAACAUUUAUAGUCUGCCGAUUGUAUUUGAAUAAGGAAAAUACAUUUUCUAAUUUUAGUUUUUAUGUCUGAAGGCCAUGAAGUGUUAUGUUUGCUUUUUUAGUUCUGUUUUAAAUUUCGCAAUAAAGCUUUCAAAUUGAAUUGAAAGCCUUUAUUGUCAUUGUAUUUGCAUACAAUGAGCACUGCUCCUGACUAGUGUUAAAAAACAAACAAAUAUAUCCUAACGUAACAAGAUAACCAAGAAUGUCCCAGAUAGGUACUCUAUUAGUAAUAUAUUGGUAAUUUCAUGACUUACUGGCAAUGUAACUGUAACGUGGUGUGCACGUAAUUCCAUUACCAUCCCUUUACCAACUCAGCACGUCAUCAGUAUGUCCUCUUAACAUAACAAGAUAACCAAGAACGUCCCAGAUAUGUACUCUAAUCAUAAUAUAUUGGUAACUUCAUGACUUACUGGAAACGCAACUGCAACAUUGUAUGCUAAUAAUUUCAUUAACUUCAUUUACACAUUCUUUUUACAUGCUUUCUGAUUAUUAGAAUGCUAUUUAAAAAGUGUAAUUAAACUUCAGACUCAAGCUUGAACGUUUCUUAAAGAUAAAAUGUUUCUUUGCAAGGAGAGAAAACAGCAAAUUAUUAGUCAAAUAUUUCAUUGAAAAAUCACACAACGUUGCAGCAUGUAAAUAUGGAUAUUUAUAGGUUUCAUAGUUUAUUUACUGUAGUAAAACAUGUCUUUAUGAAGACAUUUCUUUAUAAAUAAACAGAUAGAUCAGCACUUUUAUAUGUAGCCGAAGGUCUGUUUUUUUA